AAAGGCAUCCCACCACCACCAUGGUUUCAGAAGAUUCACCAUCAAACUCAAACUCAAGCAAUCUCCACCAAUUCAUCAUCUCAAACUCCAUAGCCAACCAGAACCACCACUUCGAGAACCACAGUUUCGACCCUGCUUCUUACAGUAACAUAAACAACAACCCUAAUUAUUUCCCCAACUCUCUGCCUUUCAUUUCAAGAACCACCACCGCCGCCGACCUCAUCCACGGCGGCGGACACGUGUCACCGUCCGAUGAUUCCGACAUGACCCACGAGAGACGUCUGAUGGAUCUUCUCGGCACAUCCAACGGUCACCACCACCACCAUAAUCAGCAGCAGCAGCAGAGGCUUUCACUCUCUUUAGGCGGCUCCAUUAAUAAUCCAUGCAGACUGAACUCGGGCGGGUAUCUCAACCCGGAUCCGGAUUACCAGUUCACGGGGCCCGCUUUCGCUGCCCCGCAUUGCUCCACCUCCUCCUACCAAACCGAACCGUUUGCUGCUGUAGUUGGGAGCUCAAAGUACUUGAAAUCAGUUCAGUCUCUUCUUCAAGAAAUGGUUAGUGUCGACGACAACGAAAUCGACGCAAGCAAUCGGAGAUUAGUCGAGAAACUAUCGCGAAAAGGGUCUUACGGGCUUUCGUCGGAUCUCAAAAUGGAGUUGUCGAACACCGAAUUCGUUACCAAAAAGCAUGGAGUUUAUAUCUGCCUGUUAAAACUUCUUGCCCUUCUUGAAGAGGUGGAGAGAAGAUAUGAGGAGUAUUACCACCACAUGGAGGAUUUGGUGACGUCAUUCGAGAUAAUCGCAGGUUUAGGAGCCGGAAAAUCCUACACGGCGCUCGCUCUUCAGGCGAUGUCGAAGCAUUUUUGGACGUUGAGAAGCGCUAUCGUGUCGCAAAUUCGAGCGACGAAACAAAAGAUCGAAAAGGACAUGCCGAAAAUCAGCUCAAGAUUGGCUCAAUUGAGCUUGCUUGAUCAAGAAUCUAGGUCAAAUAGAGUGUCACUUCAGCAGAUUGGGAUCAUGCAUAGCUCGAGGCAAGCGUGGCGCCCGAUCCGAGGCCUUCCGGAAACUUCCGUCACGAUCCUCCGCGCUUGGCUUUUCGAGCAUUUUUUGCAUCCUUAUCCGAGUGACUCGGAGAAGUUGAUGCUAGCUUCACAAACAGGCUUAUCAAAGAACCAGGUUUCGAAUUGGUUUAUAAAUGCGAGGGUUCGAUUAUGGAAGCCGAUGAUCGAGGAAAUGUAUAAAGAGGAAUUUGCCGAGUCUUCGACUGAGUCGGAUCAGUUGUUGACAAGGGAAGGUGUGGGAGAUUCUGCUGAGGAUUUUGAUUGAUGCUGGAAUUUUGACAACCUUAAUUCAGCUCAAUUUUUGAUAAUUGUGUUUUUUUUUUUUGGCUAAGGAUUUUAAAUCUCUAAGUAUGAUGAUUCCAGGGCCUAUUUGAUUUUAUUAUAAACUCAUCAUAGGUUCUUUAUUAUAUAUAUAAAUAUAUAUUUUUUUUCCUUCA